GACGAAAAGUCAAAACAAUCCGCAAAAGUUUGCCUCGCGUGUUGGGUUUACCGCUUUGCUGCUCCCACUUCCCGAUUCCGCGCGGACACUUCCUUUCGCACCGGUGUCAUCGAAUUGGUACUGAAAUAAGUGCAAUCGCGGCUUGUCUAUAAAAAGAAUCUACAUAGUGUGUGAAGUAGUGUCGACAUUUUGUACAAAGUAUCCGAUCCGGAAUUCUGUGCGUUGACCGGUGACCAAAGAGAAAGACGACAACGACCUCCAAAUCCAAAAUGCAGCACCAGUGCGAGACGGAAAACUGCAAGAACACGGCCACCCUCCAGUGUCCGGUGUGCCUCAAGAUGGGCAUCCAGGGAUCGUACUUUUGCGGUCAGGAUUGCUUCAAGAGCUCCUGGAAGGGGCACAAGGUGAUUCAUCUGCUGGCAAAGGGCAAGGAGGACAAGAAUGUGUACAAUCCGUGGCCUUACUAUACAUUCACCGGAAAGUUGCGUCCCUUCCCGCAGUCGGAGAAGAGACCGGUCCCGGAGAGGAUUCCCCGUCCGGAUUAUGCCGACCACAAGGAGGGCCGUUCCAAGUCGGAAGAAUCGCUGCGCGGAAACACCACGAUCAAAAUCUUGGACGACGAGGAGAAGGAAGGAAUGCGUGUUGCGUGCCGUCUGGGGCGGGAAGUGCUGGACGAGGCUGCGCGCGUCUGCGAUGUCGGAGUGACCACCGACGAAAUCGAUCGGAUCGUUCACGAAGCCUGUAUCGAGCGAGAAUGCUAUCCCAGUCCGCUGAACUACUACAACUUCCCGAAGUCGUGCUGCACGUCGGUAAACGAGGUGAUUUGCCACGGCAUUCCGGAUAUGCGUCCGCUCGAGGACGGGGACCUCUGCAACGUCGAUGUGACCGUUUAUCACCGAGGCUUCCACGGGGAUUUGAAUGAAACGUUCUUCGUCGGAAACGUCAAGGAGCAGCACAAGAAGCUGGUGCAGGUCACCCAUGAGGCGCUGAUGAAGGCGAUUGCCAUUGUGAAGCCUGGCGAGCGGUAUCGCGAAAUUGGAAACGUUAUUCAGAAGCAUGUGCAUGCUCAUGGAUUCAGCGUGGUGAAGAGCUACUGCGGACACGGCAUCCAUAGACUGUUCCACACUGCCCCCAAUGUGCCACAUUAUGCUAAAAACAACGCCGUCGGCGUGAUGAAACCGGGCCACUGCUUCACCAUCGAGCCGAUGAUUUCGGAGGGAUCGUGGCGGGACGUGUCCUGGCCGGACGACUGGACCGCCGUCACCGCCGACGGCCUCUUCUCGGCCCAAUUCGAACAGACGCUGCUGGUCACGGAAACCGGCUGCGACAUCCUCACCCUGCGGAGGAAUUCCAACGGCCAGCCCCACUUCAUGGACAAGCUCUAAGAGGGUCACCAUCAUCAUCAUCGUUAGUCACCAUUGUCAACGUUGUGCUUUCUUUUAGUCCUACCAAUGGAAGCAAUUGGGAAUUGUCCCCCGUUUAACUGUUUUGCGAUGCUUUUUGUAAGCACUUUUGUAAUAUACAGAAAAAGAAAUGAUUAUUAAAACUAACAUACCUGAACCGAAA